AUGGCCUCCGCAACCAUGAACAAGUCGACGUCCCAGACGUCGUUUGCCGACAGCACCAAGCUGGACCGCAGCGAGCUCGACUCCGGGUACACGUCCGCACAGUCCGACUAUUCGCCCUCGUCGUCGACAUCAUCGCUUCCCCUUGUGUCCCUGGCCAAGCCUCACAUCGCCCACCUCAACGACCAGCUCGAGAACAUGCACCCCAUGGACAUCCUCCGCUUCUGCAAGAUCAUGUUCCCCAACCUGUACCAGUCGACCGCCUUCGGCCUGACCGGCCUGGUCACCAUGGACAUGCUGUCCAAGAUCCAGAAGGAGAAUCCCGAGUCCCGCACCGUCGACCUCAUCUUCCUCGACACCCUGUACCACUUCAAGGAGACUUACGAGCUGGUGGACCGCGUCCGCGAGCGCUACCCCAACGUCCCCGUCCACAUCUUCAAACCCGAUGGUGCUGAGACGACAGAGCAGCUCGAGGACCUGUACGGCAAGGAGCUGUACAACACGUCGACCGAGCUGUACGACUGGAUCGUCAAGGUCGAGCCCCUUCAGCGCGCCUACGACGAGCUCAAGGUCAGCGCCGUCCUCAACGGUCGUCGCCGCUCCCAGGGUGCUGCGCGCGGCUCUAUCCCCAUCAUCGAGGUUGACGAGGAGCGUGGCAUCGUCAAGAUCAACCCUCUGGCUACCUGGUCCUUCAAGCAGGUCAACGACUACAUCAAGGAGAACAACGUCCCUUACAACGCCCUCCUCGACCGCGGGUACAAAUCCGUUGGCGACUGGCACUCCACCAGCCCCGUCAAGGAGGGUGAGGACGAGCGUGCCGGCCGCUGGAAGGGCCAGCAGAAGACUGAGUGCGGUAUCCACAACAGCAAGUCUCGAUACGCCCAAUUCGCUGCCGCCAACCCUCUCAAGAAAGCCGACGUCGUCAAGUCCGGCGAGGAGAAACAGCAGCAGGAACAAACUCGCAGCAGCGAGCCCGAGCUCAAGAAGCAGAAGGUCGAGGAGCAGCCCAAGGUCGUCGAAGCCAUGUCGGCAAAGGUCAUCGAGGAGCAGCAGCAGCAGCAGCAGCAGCAAGAGACAUCCCAGACGACGCUAGCCAACCCGAGCGCGGUGGUGGAGCUCAUGGCAUGA